UCCAUGAAGUUAAAUAAAACAUUUACAAUGUUUAGAAAAGGCCAAUUUUUCUGUGGCCACAACUUUUCUUAUCAACCUGUUAUCUUAUCAUCAUAUCAUAUCCUGAAUUGCCUGAACUCAGUUUACAAAAACUCCAACUGAAACAAAAUUAGAUAUGCUACUCUCUCUCUGGGUAACAACACCUACAGUUUGCUUCUCACACCCUCGAACAUCAAACUACAAAUCUGUGUCACCUCUUCCUGCUACCACUGCCAUCCGUUUUCGCACAUCAUACCGUGAAAAACUAACCUAUCUAAGAUUUCUGGGAAUUCUAGAUUCAAAUCCGAAAAGCACAAAUGUCCCCUCUCAUGAAACUUUGGAUCAAAUUCUCACCAUCAUAAACUACCUAAAAUCCAAAGGUUUUUCAGAUACUGACAUCCCAAAACUGUCAACUAGUUGCCCAAAACUCUUCUCAUCCAGGCUUAAACCAGCUGAUAUCGGACCUGUUUUCAGUUUCCUGACAACUGAUGUUGCUGCAACUACUCAUGAAUCAUGUGGUCUUAUUCUUUGCUGUCCCGAACUCUUGUUCUCUAACGUUGAGUACUGCUUAAAACCAACACUUGCAUUUCUCACAAGUGUAGGACUUGAGAGGCUUAAUUACCCGACUAAUCUCAACGCGCAUAUUCUUAAUACGCGUGUUAGUAAACUUGAGGCGAAGCUUGAGUUUUUAAGAAGCAUUGGGUUUACGAAUGAAGAGUCGACAAAGGCGUGUGCACGGUUGCCUGCUAUAUUUGGUUAUAGUGUUGAGAAUAAUAUGAGCCCAAAGGUUGAGUACUUGCUGAAAGGGAUGCAACGGAGUAUUGAAGAAUUAAAAGAGUUUCCUCAGUAUUUUGGGUUUAGUUUGAGAAGAAGAAUAGUGCCUAGACAUAUGCAUUUGAUGCAACGGAGUGUACAUAUCUCGUUGAAGAGAAUGUUAUUUUGUGGUGAUGAGAAGUUUUAUGAGAUAUGGAAAUGAUUCUCUUUCUAGGCUUCCUCUAUUGUUCUAACACUGUAUAUGACUUAUUAGGACCGGAAUCUCAAGAACCGAAACUGGUUAGGAUCGGUUCCUAAAUUUUGGAACUUGUAACGGUCUGGGUUCGGACCGCGGUUCCGGUCCAGGUCCGGUACCAGGUACCCGGACUUUUUGCUCACCCAUGUCUAUUGAUGCGGUAUCUGUUCACAAAAAUAAAACAAUUUGGGGGAAAGCUAGUUUCGAAGUACAA